CGCAACGCGGCCCCCGCUCGGUCCCCGUUCGCCCCUCAGUCUCCUCUCGGCCCCCGCUCGCCCCGUCCCUCGCCAUGGCGGCCGGCGUCGCGGGGCUCCGCGCCUCCUACCACCGCAUGCUCGACCGCAUCGAGCUUAUGCUGCCGCCGCGAUUCCGGCCCUUCUACAACCACCCAGCGGGUCCCAAAACAGUGUUUUUCUGGGCACCUAUUAUGAAAUGGGGUUUGGUGGGUGCUGGACUGGCUGACAUGGCCAGACCAGCAGAAAAGCUCAGCACAGCACAGUCUGCAGUACUWAUGGCCACAGGCCUUAUUUGGUCACGGUACUCUCUAGUUAUUAUUCCUAAAAACUGGAGUCUGUUCGCUGUGAACUUCUUUGUUGGCUGUGCUGGUGGCUCCCAGCUCUACCGAAUAUGGAGGUAUAAACGGGAACUAAAAGCAAAAGAGCAGCCACAGUGAAAACAGACUUAACCCAACAGGUCAAAUCUAUCAACGCACAAACCCAUCCCCAUGGGACCUAGCUUAACUAACUUUAAUGUUUUCUUUUUUCCUCUGAAAAAAUGGAACAGGUAAUUUAAAUAUUUAGAGAACAAAUGUUUUCUAAGUGCAAAUAACAAAGUAUCUCCACACAUUUAAAUAAAGGGCGACCUUUUAAAAUGAA